ACUUUCUACACAUUGACUGAGCUUAAAACUGGACCUUUUAGACCUAUUUGUCUGAGCCAUUCACUUAGGGAAAUGAACUAUUUACCUCAAACACCUCCAUGUUUAAAAGCAUAACAGCUGUAUUCUGCUGGAAAGACUUACUACUUAAGGUUCAAAUUCCUCACCCCACUGGGUACAGACAAUGGUCAAAUACCUGUGGGUUGCCUGGGGAGAUGGGCAUGUUGAAGCUUCAAAUUGAUUGGCUCUUUACCAGUGUCUUUCUGGGUGGCUAAUCAUACUAAGUACCAUUGUCUCACCAGAUAUCACCAAUGGAAAUUUGCAUCAGUAAAAUAAUGAAAAAAAUGUUUAUUUCAUAAUUCCCAUUAUGAUUUGAAUAAAUUAUGUGAACAUUUUUUUUAAAUAUGCAUGCCCAAACAAAGUUGUAUGAAAAACUUGAAGACAACUUUGAAAACUAUCUGUAAUGGACUAAGAUUUUGUACAACCAAAUAACUAUUAUUUUGUGAGUCAACCUGUAGUUCAACACUAUGAUCGAGUCAAGUUUAGGCUGGAAUAAAUGACUUGAUCAUUUAUUCUCUCCAGAAACAUGCCUGCCUGGCUCUGCGUAACCUGGUGGCUCGUAAUCCUGAUCACUGUGACAUCAUCCUUGAAGCGGGAGCUGAAAGCUUGAUCAGGAAAGCACAUGGCAAGAUGGGUGAUUGUGAGGAUUUAGCUAAAGCAGCUCUCAGAGAUCUUGGUUGUGAUGUGGAACUUAAAGAGCUUUGGACUGGAACAGGACAAGGCAAGGUUCAUCACUGAUUUGAGAGAGCUCAAAGCUUUUUAACCAAUCAAAUUCAAACAUAAAAAGAAUCACUACUUUGUCAAUGACAAAUCCAGUGCCAUGUGCUUGUUUUGACUGCAAGUUCUCCUUGGCUUCUUUUCAUUUUUUUUUUUUUUUUUGACUAAGACUGGUUUUUGUAAUCACUGACAUUGGUUUUGAAUUCAGACAUUACCCUGUAAAGAGUGCUAUUGAUAAUUGUAAGGAAGCAGUGCCUUGCCUUGUGACUUGGUCAUAGUAGUUAUCAUGAGUCAACCAAGGAAAAUCAAAGCAUUAAUUUGAUUGCUUGCAUAGUUCUCAUUUUGCACCAACUGUGAGAAAACUGUGGACCUACUUUUGGUGUGACCAAGGCCAUAUAAGAAUGUGUGUUAGUUAGAACUCACCAUCAGCC